AUGAGUUUAUCAAGUAAUAAAGUAGAUGAAAAACAUAUUAUGGCAAUUUCAAUUAAAAAAAAAAUAGAAUCUUUUGUAUUUUUUCUUAUGUUAUGUUUGUGGGCACGAGUAUUGCGCCCUUUGCAUGGUAUCUCUAAACUUUUGCAGAAGCAAGACAUUGACCUCCAGAAAGCAUUAGAUAGAUUGACUGAUGCCUAUACAUGUAUGCAGCAACUAAGGAAUGACUAUUGUAGUGUAGUUGAAAAUGCAAGCAACCUGGCAAUUAAAUGGGGUAUUCUAAUUGAUGACAAAGUGGCUCGCCAAAAAAAAAGCAAGAUUGUUUUUUGA